AUGCUUAUGACGAUCAAGUCAGUUUUGUGUCUGGUGUUUGUCACAAUUACUAGUACUCUCGAACCUCCCGCGCCCCUAGUCCAUCAAGGCUUGCUUAGAUCAUACAGCAGCACCUCAAUCACACACCCAGCAGUAGCAGCACUAUAUCAGGCGUGUUUCCGGGAGGCAGUCGCUGUGAGAUUUUACCUACAGGUCCUGACCACCCUUUAG